AUGUUGAGAGUUGACCUGGAAGACUUUGAAGGGAACAUCACGUACGCUGAGUACACGAAUUUUAAUGUGGCAGACGAAGCUUACAAGUACCGGCUUUUUGUUGAAGGAUACAAUGGCACUGCUGGUGACUCUAUGACGGUACAUAGGUAAGAAAGAUAUUAUGUUGUCUAAGAGAGUAUCCAUUUCCAGCCGCGGGAAGCAUGAUUCGAUUAGAGGUGCAGUUUUAGAAAAUUAUCAGCGAAGGGAACUGAUCAUGACGAACUGUUACAUAUAGUUUAAAUUUUGUAUCUAAAGAGAAACAAAAAUUAGAACAAAAGAAAAACGCCUGGCUUUAAAUCAUUCUGCAAUCGCUAGUAAGUAUAAUUACAUGGGUUCUACGUCUAAUAAAAACUGCGCGACUGUCACCUUGAUCCUUUCUCUCCUGUUCAAUAAAGCUGACUGGUUUCAUCGUUCUUUUUUCAGUAAGAUUUGAGUGACAACAGUUUUCAACAGUUUUCCGAGAUCAUUCAAGAAAUGCACGUAAGGAGCAAGGUUCCAAUCUCAUAAGUCACGUGAUUUGAUUGCGUCAUCCGAUAACCUAGACUGCCCUACGGGAGGAUCAAGGCUCAAGCCCCAGACCAGACCAACACUCAGAGUCGUGAAAUGUGCUGCCUUUUCUAUGAACCCGCAAAUGGAUAAACGUUCAAAGCUUCUCGAAAAAGGACGAUAAACCGUAGGCCCCGUCUCCUGCAUCUUCUCAGUCCUGGUUGGCAGGGGAUGUUAGGGAACACACAAAGUCCUUGCAAGAAGAAGGGAGCGAAGCUACCGGUGUUGUGGUCUGGCCUUGUUAUUAGUUUCUACAGGCUACCAUUCAAACCAACUUUAAAGCUGACCUGGACCAAUUGUAUAAAUAUCGUAAAUAAACGAAUAAGUAAAUAAUUAUCGCUUUCUAUCUGUCUAAACAUGGUAGAAACGAGCUUACAUGAAAUUUCAUUUCAGCAAUAUGGAGUUUUCUACGAAUGAUCAAGACAAUGAUGGAUAUUACUUCCAAUGCUCUCGAAGCUACAAGGGAGCCUGGUGGUACAAAAGCUGCCAUCAAUCCAAACUGAACGGAUUGUACCUCAAUGGCUCCCAUUUGUCUAAUGCUGAUGGAGUCAACUGGCUUUCUUUCAGAGGCCAUCGUUACUCGCUAAAACGCACCAAGAUGAAAGUGAAAACCAUAGCAUGA